AUGGAAGAUGAAAGAAUUAUAAAAAUGCAGGCUUAUUCCUCUUUUAUCCAAGCUAGCUUUCGAGGUCUUUACCCUAUCAACUUAUCAUCAAUGUACACAAUAAGGCACUCCAUUCUCGUAGCGGCUAUAAUCGCUUAUCUUUGCAGCAUUCCAAGUGAUGCUGCUGUUGUUCAGAAUUUACAAUAUAGAACACCAGCUGGUGGCGAAAACUUUAUAAAACGACUGAUGACUGGCUCUUGCCGUCCUUUAGUAGGCGGCGCAGUAGCCAUCGAAAACGAAUCCAAUCUUUACAUGCAGUUAUUUCAAGAUGGUGAAUGCAGCAAUGCAGUCGCUGCAGUAGAGCCUGGAAAGGAGUGGAUCGGCCAAGACAUCGCCUAUUCGAUAAAGGGCAGUUCUCAAGCUCCACCGACUGCAGACUAUGCGAAUAAAACAGUUACGGCAGAAUCAUUACAGCAAUAA